UGUUCCGCAGUGCUGGCUAAUCAAGUCCCACGGAUUAGCAGUGGAGAAAUUACAGACGUCUUGACACAUGCAUUCUGUUGUAGUAGAGGAUUUCGUUCGCUGUUCACUGAUACAUACAAAGUUACAUAUAACCUCUCGUGGUUAAAAAACGUGUGGUUAAAAUGUGUUUUGAUACGUAUCUUUUGUUUACCAAGUGUUAAGAAAAUUACGAGUUAACUGUUAGACAGAAAUAAGUUUGUAUCAAUAUUUAUUAUUUAGAUCAAGGGAAAUGUAAUGUAUGACAUUUAUUGAAGACAAGUUGCAUCAAGAUCUAGUGAGAUGUGUGUUGGUAAAUAAGAAUAGCCUCAACGCUUAGAUAACAGAAAUAAAUCUGUAGUGAGUGAAUAUUCCAGCAAAUAACGAGUGCUACUGUUUAACUUGCAUUAGCUCGUGACAUCAGUAGUAGUGUGUAGGUUUUUGUGUCACGGUUAAGUGUCGUCGGCACGUUAGGUUCAGGAAUGUGCCCCAGCCAGGGAACUUCGUACGGCGAUUAGAAAGUUGUCUUUAUUCUGGGAGACGGCUGGGAAAAAAAUGGAUUUGAAAGGAAAGAUAACUCACACCCUGUACAGACCUCUGGAGUUACGGGACUUGCUCGCACAGACUUUAUUCAACACCUAGAGCUACUGGACGAUUGAAAAGAUGAAGAAUCCACUUCCUGUGGCGGCCAUUGGUAUCGUCUUACUUCAGCUGACUUGGACAGGGUUCGUCAGGGGCAUGAACCCCGCCUGUGGUUCGAACCGCUAUACCGGAGAAAAGUGGUUCGACGGCUGCCGAUGGUGUGUCUGCUACCCCAAUGGACCAGUAUGCUCCACAGAAAAGUGUUCGAGUCUCGUCGCGUUGUUACCUCCCUGCUCGGUUCUGGGAUCUAGGUGGAGAGACGGCUCGUACUAUUGCACGUGCAGCAAGAGCGGCAUCACGUGUGAGCCGAACAAAGAUUUGGUCCAUCACCUGUGGCACGAGGUCCCGGGGUGGGAGGACCAGUCCCAGAGCACCUGCACCAGCAUCAACGACCGUCGCUGUGUCUGCGACAUCGACGGCGUUCAGCUCUGCAGCGCCGAAGCCAGAGAUGAAAACGCCAACAGGAAGACCAAGAUCAAGAUACGACCGGGCCACCACGAUCCUUCCCUGGCAAAGCCCUACAACCAGGCGAAACGAAUUCAUAAGCGUGACGUUGAUUGGUUGGUUAAGUCGGGACGUCAUGAUUACUUGCCGACCAAUCAAAUAGAUGUAGAAGUUAGUCCACCCAAUUCAUUUGUAAAAACUCACAAGAAUAAAGGUAAAGGUCGUCAACACCAUAAUAAAGGUGAAGGUCGUCAUCACAAGAAUAAAGGUGAAGGUCGUCCUCACAAGAAUAAAGGUGAAGGUCGUUCUCACAAGAAUAAAGGUGACGGUCUUCGGGAGUUGGAUAGUUAUAGACAUAACAGUCAAAGUUUGGAUAACUUACUAGGGGAGUUAGUCGGAGCUAUCACGGGCAACAGUAGACAGAAGCACGGAGAAUAUCAUGACAGCAGACAGUUCUAUGACAGCAGACAGUUCGAUGACAGCAGCCUGCUUGAUGACAGCAGCCAGCUUGAUGUCAGCAGACUACUCGAAGAAGAUUCAUUUGCAGACUAUCGUUAUGAACAAACGCCAAUCCAUCCAGAUAAGUUAGAAGACAAUCAGUUGGUAAAGAACCACAAGCCAAAAGGUAAAGAUAGACCACACCACAGGACAACUGAUGAGAGCAACACCCUGAACGACUUGUUUGGAGAUGAUCUGUAUCAACCUUCGCAUUAUUUCAAUGACAAUAGACUGCCACAAGAUCACGGAGAAAACAGUGAGGGGACGAGACAUCAAGGAUUAUACGGGGACAAUCCUUUCCAACCAAUGCCAAGACUCCAAAAUAAUGUACCCGCAAAUCAAAGAGAAACAUAUCUUAAUUCAGCUAGGCACUUUAAAAAAACUCAUAAACAUAAAGUCAAUUAUCUAGGACACAAAUUUGAUAGUUUUAGAGAAGACAGUCAACAGUUAAAUAACGAGUUGGGUCAGAUCGUUAGGGCAUUGUUUACUGGUGAUAGGAACAUAAAACAUGAUGGGAGAAAAGGGACGAAAGAUCAACAGAGAGAUGAGCCACAUAUAGACCCAAACAAGAGAUCUGACGAAGACAUGAUACCGCAUCAUGUUUUCGACCCCAGUAUGCUGAAGCAGUGGUUGACUAACGGGGUACAAGGAGAUCAACCCUUUCAACCUACGCGGGUUGAGCAUCCGAAGCCUGUACGGGUAUCUCACAAUCGCUGCAAGUUGGCUGACCGAUGGUAUACCGGAAGUCUCCGCUGUCGGUGUCUCGAUGCUGGGUCCACGGUGACCUGUGGGGAGCCAAGCUCUGUCAACGCCAUCAACGACAGUUUCAUCAGGCUGGUCAACUGGGAGUGUCGAAAAGGAUCUAAGUUUGAACUCUUAGACUAUUGUCUCGUCUGCCUUUGUCAGUUUAGUGGCUUUCCUCUGUGUUCAAGAUCAGGUGAGGGAAGUUGUUCAGCCACCCCUCCCAUCCAACACCUUUGGAAUUUCGUGGAUGAAAACGUCGACAGCACCGGAGAAUUCGUAGACCGGCCUGACAGUUUCAUUAAAAGGGAGAUAAACACCUCAUCCAAAACAAAACAAGGGGCGACUAACUCUAAAUCCAACUCAUCGUCUCAGAGCUCAGAAAAUGCCGAAAAGCGUUCGGGGGUCACGGAAACACACGACACGACCCGAUCCCCGGGUAGCCUGACAACUUCCGCUCGACUGCCGCGAAGGUUGAACUUCCGGCCAAGAUAUACGGUACGCCCUACGGUACGGGUAAAUACUACAUCGUCAAAUAGAAGCAGCACCAUCACUCGACAUGUGGUAACGACUACAGCACCGGUACCCACGACAACGCCCUCCGUAAGAUCCACCCCCAGAACCACAACGUUCCAGUACAUGAUCCCCUACACGGUCGUAUGGGGGCACCGGACGGGGCCUAUCGUAUACAGGCCCCCACCCGGGGUCGCGGACUGCGGGGACCAUGCUGUUGGAGAAAUUUACGCGGAGGGUUGUAACAGUUGCCAGUGUACAAAUGCGGGUCCCAGGUGUACAGCGAAAAACUGCCCAAGUUCUGGAGAAAGCCCGCCAGUCAUUGGAUAAUUUUCUCAACCAGGCCUUAGCUCAGCUGAACACUUGACUGAUUGUUGAUAUGAAACAUUGUAUUUUAAUGUAAGCAAAGAAUUCCAUGUUUGUGUGUAUAUUUAUUUUUUAACUUUGUUUGAUUGUUGUUAUACCAGCAAUAAAAUUGAUUGAUUUGAGAUGCCCGU